GAAAUUGUUACCUGAAUCAGCACGAACAAUUCAAGCAUUCUUAAAAAUUGCUAAAGAUGUACAAGAAUUACAAGAAGAAGAUUCUUCUGAACUUCAACCAACACAAUCUUAUUUACCAUACAUUACGAAUACCGUAUCAACAACAGCACAACAAACACGAAGCAACUCCGAAAGGAUACCAACAUCAACAUACUCACCAUCACGACACACAACAUAUAAACAAUAUGCUCCAUCAUCCAACCCUUUAGAUUCAUUAAAGUCACAACAAAAAAAAUUACAGUUCAACUUCCCGACCAUCACCUAUUUUACAUAA